AUGCUUCCCCUGAGCACAGAUGGUGCAUUUGGUUUCGAGAUACUUCGCACCCUAGCUCUUUCCCGCUACCGCGGUGCAGAUGUUGGCGAAGUCCUGGAAGCAGCUGAGCAUAUCGAGCCAGGAAACCUCGAAAGCUUCCACGACGCCUUUGACAAGCUCGCUACACGCGUCCUAGCCCAGGCCGAUGGAAUCAACGCUAAAGCUCAUCCUGUUUCGGCACGAGAUGCUUAUUUUCGAGCUUCAUCCUAUUUCCGCGCAGCAGACUUCUUCAUUCACGGCAAUCCAAGCGACCCCCGAAUAAACAGUCUCUGGGCCCAGCAGACACUCGCAUUCGACAAGGCGAUCGAACUCUUACCCUUUCCAGGAGAGCGAGUUAUCCUCCCAGCCAGCGGUUUCAACGUCCAUGGCAUUUUCUUCCGCGCCGAUGACAGCUUUCCUAAGCCGCGACCGACUCUGAUUCUUGGAAAUGGAUAUGACGGGGCACAAGAGGAGAUGCUUCAUGUUUCUGGUUUCGCUGCGCUAGAGAGAGGUUAUAAUGUCAUUGUCUAUGAGGGACCUGGACAGCCAACGGUGCGCCGAGGGCAGAAUGCAGGGUUCAUCCAUGAUUGGGAGAAAGCUGUCACCCCCGUUGUUGACUACCUGUUCCAGCAACCUGAAGUUGACACAGCGCGUAUCGGCCUCUUGGGAUACUCUCUCGGUGGAUACCUUUCUGUUCGAGCUGCGGCAUUUGAGCACCGCCUGGCAGCUGUCAUCGCCGUGGACGGGCUUUGGGACAUUUAUAAAUCCUUCGCAGAAAACCUCUUGCCGACCGAGUGGAUAGCAUCAUUUGACGCCGGAGAUGUACUGAGCUUGAAUACUCAGAUCAAUGAGUUCCGCUCUAAGACUGAUACUCCUACCACACUACGUUGGAUCAUUGAUCAAGGAUUGUGGUCUUUCAAUGUCAAUGAUGUGAGUGGGUUGCUUGAUGGGAUCAAGAAAAUGACACUGCAGGGGCUCGAGGGCCAAAUUAAAUGUCCGGUUUAUGUUGGUGAUGCCGCCGAUGAUCAUUUUUUUCAGGGGCAGCCGGGCUUAGUGAAAGAAAAUAUCGGAGAAAAUGCGACACUUGAUACCCUGACCGCUGCGGAUGGAGCAGGUCAUCAUUGCCACGUUGGAGCCGCUGCAAUUAUGAAUCAACGACUGCUGGAUUGGUUUCACGAUGUGGUUGCGAAAUAA